AUGCAAAGAUACUUAGAUCUUUGUCCAAUGCUUUCUGUUUAUGGUUCUGAUCAUUUUCCAAAACCGAAAUCAUGGACCAGAAGGCUUGGCUUUGGAGGAAAAGAUCUUCAGAGAAGACAAUUCUUGCAACAAACGCCGUUCCUCUCGGAAGAAUUGAAGAAGAGAGAGAUCAGGGAAAAUCUAAAUGAGAAGCUAGCUUCAGUCCUCCUAGACUGUCAUGUUAAAGAAGAUCUUGUUACAGAACAUGCAAAAACAGCAGAAGAAGCUAUAGCAGGUGGCAAGAAGGCAGGAGAGCCGGUACUAAAGCAAGAACUAGAUCAAGCUUUGAGGCAGGGAAUAUCUGCAAAUGAGAGAUUAACUCAUUCAGAUGAUGCAUUGGCAGAGUGCAAGCAGCAAUUAAAUUUCGUUCGAGAAGAACAGGAGCAAAGAAUAAACGAUGCUGUUAUGAUGACAGCAAGAGAGUAUGAGAAGGCACAGAAGAAAUUAGAAGAGAAGCUGAGAGAGACAAGUCAACAGCUUACAAACUUGGCUGUGGAAAAUACUAAUCUGAACAAAGCCCUUCGAGCAAAAGAGAAACUCAUUGAAGAUUUGAAUAGACACAAGUCUCGAGCAGAUGCAGAGUUCAGUGCACUAAUGGCCAGACUGGAUUCCACAGAAAAAGAAAAUGCUUUUCUAAGAUAUGAAUUUCACAUGCUUGAGAAGGAACUUGAGAUUCGGAGUGAGGAGAUGGAAUACAACCGCCGGUCUGCUGAAGAAUCACACAAACAACUUUUGGAGAGUGUGAGGAAAAUCACAAAGUUAGAACAAGAAUGUCAAAGACUUCAUCUCCUUAUGCGAAAAAGGCUGCCAGGUCCUACUGCUUUGCUGAAUAUGAAGAGUGAGGUCCAAAUGCUUGGAAGGGAUCAGACCGAGAUGAGAAGAAGAAAGUUGAAUCCUACCAGAGAUAUGAUUGUAAGAGAUGCUAACAAAGGAAAUUCUCCUGAAAUUCCAAAUAAGAAGAUGCGUCUCAUGAUUGAGCAAUUACAUGAUCUGGAAGAGGAAAACAAAACCCUUAAAGAAAUUUUAAUCAGGAAAAACUCUGAACUCCUUUCUUCGAGGACCACUCAUUCUCAAACAGCUUCCAGAUUGUCAGAGGGUGGUACUCAGCUUGGACAGCUUUCCAAAGGCCAGAAAUCUAUGGAGCUAGUUGCAUGCAGCCCGAUUCCAAAUGACAUUUCUCGGUCUUCAAGGUUUGACAUUGGCAGUGAUGAUGGGAUUAGUUCCUCUGAAUCAUGGGCUAGUGCUCUAAUUUCAGAGUUAGAACAUUUUAAAAAUGAGAGACUUAAAAGUCCAAAGGAAUGCAGAGAAGUUGAGGUUUCAGACAUUAGCUUAAUGGACGAUUUUGUUGAGAUGGAGAAAAUGGCAAUAGUUUCUGCAGGUACACCUCCUAACAAGGGACAUCAUCAUUGCUUUACUGGUAGGGAACUAGUGCCGGUUGAAGUUGAUUCCAGCUUCAGCGACAGAAGAAAGUACAGCCAGUCAAAAGAUGCAAGGCCAGAGAAUUCUUUUGACUGGCUUCAGGUUGUUUUAAAAGCAAUGUUGGAGCAAAAGAAUGUUUCGAACCGAAGACUAGAUGAGCUAUUUGAGGACAUCAAAAUUGCCUUGGGUUACAUAAAUCAACCAACUAACCAUGAAGCUCAUAGAACUGCUGUCUCAGGGCAUCGUGCAGAAUGUGAUCCUAUAGAUUCAUUUAGUGGAGCUCUGAGUAUUGACACCUCAGUGGAAGAUAAUGGCAGCCAAUGCAGUCAAUCCAGUCUGAGUAAAUCAAUCUCUAAACUCAUUAAGCUGUUUCAAGGAAUCAACCAAACAUCUUUGGUAUAUGAUUGUACUACAGAUGUUUUGUCAUAUAGGGACCAGAGUUCCCAGAUAUUUAACUCAGCAGCAUCAACAGACUACUUAAUCCGCAUUUUCCAAUGGAAACGUUCGGAACUAAAUGCUGUUGUGGAAAAGUUUGUCCUUACUUGUCACAAUCUGUUGGGUGGAAAGGCUAAUUUUGAAAAUUUUGUUGAGGAACUGACUUCUACUUUGGACUGGCUUUUGAACGACUAUAGGACACCUAAAGAUGCUUCAAGCUUGGGGAAUAAAAUUAAGAAGCAUUUUGGUUGGCAAGAAGAGCAAGGAGAUAUUGCUGUUGAGGGUGCAAUUGGGGAAUCAAUUAUUGGACAUACAUCUGAACAGCAGUCAUUGUGUUUGCCUUUAGUUGCUUCUUCAAAUGACCAAGAUGUUUCGUUUCAGUUGAAUAAGGUUCAGGAUAAACUGCAAGAAGAAAACGGUAGAUUAAAGGAUGAACUAAAGAGCAUGGAAGCUCAACUAAAGGAAUCACAGCAAAUAAUUGAAAGCUUGCAAACAGAACUGGAGAGUCUGAAACAAUCGGAAGGGAUUAUGGAAGACCAGAUCGAAAAUCAGAAGUCGGUUAAUGAAGAUCUUGAUACCCAGCUAAAUGUUACCAAAGCAAAGUUGAAUGAAGUCUUCCAGAAGUUCUCGUCAUUAGAAGCUGAAUUGGAGCAUAAACAUAACUGUUGUGAAGAUUUAGAAGCAACAUGUCUUGAGCUCCAACUCCAGUUGCAAAGUGCUGAAAAGAAGGAAAUUCCAGAGUUUGGCAUAAACCAAGAGGAAAAGCAGUCCCAAUCUGGAUGGGAAAUCACAACAGCUUCGGUGAAGUUGGCAGAGUGCCAAGAAACCAUCCUAAACCUAGGAAAACAGCUGAAGGCACUGGCUACGCCAAGGGAAGCAGAGCUUUUUGACAAGGUGUUCUCAACAACCACCAGCACUGCAGCCAAUGCCAGUGACAAUAACUUGAACAGGCGCUCUUCGCUUCGUGAUAAAAUGCUUGCUGAGGAUAACCCCAGAGUCGGGGAUGUCAAGUCUCCGAAGGAGAAAGAAACACCAAGAGAUGCAGAUGCAGAAAAACCAUCCCGUCUUCACUCAGAUAGUCAUAAUGCCUUGUCCACACCUACUGCUCUGAUGUGGGAAGGGCAUCUCGGUUCAAGGCAUAAAGCUGGUAAUAGUGCAGUUGGGAGUCUGGCUAUUGUGCCAAGUAAGAAACAAGGAGGUUUUGGUUUGCUAAGGAGGCUACUGCUGCGAAGAAAGAAAGGAAGCAGCAAGAAACCCCAAUCCUUGGCCAAGGCAUGA